CAAAUAUUUUAGAAUCAAACAAUAAUAAUGAUUCAUAUGAUUAUUUGUCUAAUAUUUUAGAUGAUUACUACAAUCAAGAUGAGUCAUAUAAUCAAAUUAAAUCAUCAUUAUAUAAUCGUAAUCCAAAUAAUUCUUUUUCAGAUGAUUUUGAAUCUAAACUUAAUUUAGAAGGUUCUAUUAUAUCUGAUAAUUAUUAUUCAAAAAGUUUCUUAGAAGAUUUAAAAACCUAUAGAACUCAUCUUAAAAUUAUUGAAUUAGAUGAUAAUAAUUUGAAUAAUGAUUCAUAUAAUUAUUUGAAUAAUGAUUUAUAUGAUAAUUUAAUAGAUUCAAGCAAUAAUAUAAUAGAUUCAUACAAUAAUAUAAUGAGCUCACAAGAAACUAUUAUAAUUAGUAGUGAUUCAGACACCCAAUCUUCAAGCUCAAGACAAGCUAAUCAAGAAUUUGAUGAAAGUUCGAAUAAUAUAUCAGAGUAUGAAUUUAUUUUUGUUGAUACGUAUUAA